UUACCCAAACAACGACAACUAUGGCCGACGAGCCUGUCAUGGAUGAAAAUGAAAGAAAAGUUGUCAAUGAAUUCUGCCACCUUUUAGAAAAAUCAAAGCAGUUAUUUAAUGGGCUUAGAGAUCUUCCACAAUAUGGUCACAAGCAGUGGCAGUCAUACUUCGGAAGAACAUUUGAUGUGUACACAAAACUCUGGAAAUUUCAGCAACAACACAGGCAAAUACUAGAUGGAAAAUAUGGGUUAAAACGCUGGCAAAUUGGUGAAAUUGCAUCCAAAAUUGGACAGUUGUACUACCACUACUAUCUGAGGACCAGUGAAACCAACUAUCUCAAUGAAUCAUUUUCCUUUUAUUCUGCAAUAAGAAUGAGGGCGUACUACUCCAAGGCCACAAAGGAAGAAAGACCAGACCUGAUGGUAAAGAAACUGCGGUAUUAUGCAAGGUUUAUUGUAGUGUGUUUGUUACUCAAAAAGAUGAAACUCGUUCGGGAUCUUGUACGGGAGCUGGCGAAGCAGAUUGACGACUACACGUCCACCUAUGAACCCGAAGACCAAUUGGAGUGGAAUCUUGUGCUCGGUGAAAUCAAGGCUUUCAUCGAGGCAGACAACAUUAUUAAUGUUGUGGAUGUUGACUCAUCGACUAUUGUAUUGUCUCAUCGACUGACCCUCCUGAACACCCCACCCCUGGACAAAGGAACUCCAGUUUACCUCACCCUACAAGAGAUACUCAUUGUUGGAAACUGCCAUGAGCAGGUUAAGUUCAGUGAGUUGACACUCGACAUGUUUCGAAUGCUCCAGACACUGGAGAGAGAGCCUCAGGAAGAUUUGACCAAUCAGAUCUAUGAUGCUUCACCUGCCCCGGGACGGCAGCCAUUUACAUUUAUGAGACCAGGUCCAUCUGGGCAGGAAAAUGGUGACCAUCGUCGUGAAAACCCGCACAAGUAUUUGCUGUACAAGCCAACGUAUGGACAGCUGAACACAUUCCUCGCAUCUGCCUUCAAAGAACUUCCACCCAGUGGGGCAAUGAUUUUGUACAUAUCUGCAGAUGGUUGCCUUGGCAAUGCAAAACAUACUGAUGAUGCUGCAUAUGACCUCGGUGGUGUUGUGACAAACAGUCGGAGGGAGGGAGAAGUUCCAAACAAGGGUAAAAAGCCGGGAACCCUGAAAGAAAUGCACUGCUUGCAUCCUGGAGAUUUGUAUCCGUACACAAGAAAACCACUGUUCCUUAUAGUAGACAGUGACAACAGCUCAGCAUUCCAGAAUUACCCCAACUUAUUUGGACAGCCAUUAGUGUGUCUCCUUUCACCGGAACAAGUGCCAACAACAAUGCAAGAUCAGCAUCAGAAAGGCAACCUGUUCACGCUGUUCCUGCAUUCCCCGCUGAUGGCGCUGUGCUACGUGUGCAACAUCGUAGACAUUCCCAUCAUGCUGUGGGACAAGUGCCACACGCAGAUCGACAAGUUCAUGGUGGAGUCGAGCAAACUGUUCAUCAGGAGCAGGAAACUAGAUCAUUCCUACAUGCAGUUUUUUGGCGAUGAUUUUCUAAGAUUGUUGCUUCUGCGUUUUGUCUUUUGCUACAUUGUACUCAUUCUCCAUAGAGGAUUCAAGGGACCCAGCUUUUAUCCUGUAUCGCACCCACCACUAUCCACAGAUGAAAUUUUAGAGCAUCCAGUGCUUUAUAAAAUAGUUCUAGAUCUUGCCAGUAUUUUGGAAGUACGAGGAUUGUUUGCAGAACCAGGGGAGGGCGACAUUGCUGCAUGAUCAGGACAUUGAUUAUUAAAACAAUAAUUGUGGCAUGAUCAGGACAUUGAUUAUGGUAUGAUCAGGAUAUUGACUAACAUGAUCAGGAUAUUGAUUAUGGUAUGAUCAGGAUAUUGACGGACAUGAUUUGGAUACUGAUUAUAGUAUGAUCAGGAUAUUGAUUGUGACAUGAUCAUUAUAUUGAUUAUGGUAUGAUCAGGAUAUUGAUUGUGACAUGAUCAGGAUAUUGAUUAUGGUAUGAUCAGGAUAUUGAUUAUGGUAUGAUCAGAAUAUUGAUUGGGACAUGAUCAGUAUAUUGAUUGUGGUAUGAUCAGUAUAUUGAUUAUGGUAUGAUCAGGAUAUUGAUUGGGACAUGAUCAGGAUAUUGAUCAUAACAUGAUCAUUACAUGAAUUGUGACGUGAUCAAUAUAUUGAUUGUGACUUGCUCCAUCCUGUGGUAUGAUCAAGAUUUUUAUUUAGUUGUGAUCAGGAUAUUGUGGCAUAAUCAGGAUUUUGACUUUGUUAUGAUCAGGAUAUUGUGACACGAUCAGGACAUGAUUUAUCGCCACAUAAUACGGACAUCGUCUUGGCUAGAUCUCAAUACUCCAAAGAUACCUUUUAUUUACAUAAUAUAUUUAUGGAUAAUUAUUUUAAGUAUUUAUUCUAUUUAUCUUGUUCACACAAAGUGAAGUUCUGGUAAAUGUGCUAACAUUCUGAAGGCACAUCUGCCACUACUUUCACAUUUUAAUAUAUUUUUUUGCCUAUGAGGUAUUUUUAAUUAAAAUGCAUGUGUGUAUGUUUUGUAUAUGUGAUAAAUGAUUUAAAGGUAUCCUCUGCCGUUGCAUGGCUGAACAUAUCUGAACUUGAUGUAGUGUGCUUUAUUGAUACAUAUUUAAUUUACUUGGUAAAGCACAGGUUUGAAAAGUUAAUACGUAUUAGCUAGAUUACAGAUAUGUUAUGUCCAUCACUAAGUACUUUACUUCGCAGUCACUUUCUUCUUCAAAUAGUAGACCUGUAUAACUUAUAAUUUAAGUUAUACAGGUCUAAAAUUGCCGGAUAUUAUUAGGUCCAUCUUACUGCAUUUCUAGUUUUUUCCCACUCUUUGUCAUUGUCAGUUUAAUUCCUGUGAUCUUUUUCACAUUGUAGUUGAAUAUACUGAAUUGUUGUAUGUAGAUAACAUAAAGUAUUUCCUAAAAACAUUUUUUAAUAUUCUAAACAAUAGUUGACCAUGCAUAGAUAUUUUACCUCCCAUCCUCAGUAAGAAUGGAGGAGGUUUUAAUUUUCAGAAUUAUUUAUCUUUGAAUUACCAGAGAAAACAUUUUUGUUCUGAGGCUUCCUCGUGUAACAGGCCUAAAAAGCAUUUGCAUGAAUGAUUGUUUAAUUUGUGCCUUGCUCGUGCAAGACUAGUUUAGUGUAACCUGUAUUUUCUUGCAUUAAAUUUAGAACAUGAUUCACAUGGUCAUAAUGGAUUACACAAAUUGAAACAGGCUUCUAUAGUCCAUCCCACUGGGAAUGCCUUUUUUUUCAUAUUAUGAAAUUUACUACAAGUUAUUUAUUUCUGAGCUGAUUGAUUUGUAAAUUACACACAAAAAUAGUUUUUUUUUGUGUUUUUUUCAAAAACACUUUUACUUUUCUUCUCAGUCAAACAAAACUGAAAUUAUUUACAAAAAAACACAUUUAUAGGAGGAUGGGAUGGACUAGUUUUACGUAACCUGUUUUUUCUUGCAUUAAAUUUAGAACAUGAUUCACAUGGUCAUUAUGGAUUACCCAAAUUGAAAUGUGCUACUAGAUAAACGGGUUGCCCAAAUGUGUGAGGCUUCAUUGUGACUUGGUUUAAUGAUCUUUGAACCUCCCAGUACUUAAUACCUAAUUGUGCUGCUUUCACCAUCCAUUUGUCACAUCCUGCUGUUAUAAUGAUUAUUAUUAGUGACAAUAUAGUCAAGCAUUUUUACCUCAUAUUUUGGGAAGCUUGUUAAAAUUCUGUUUGAUACACUUUACUAUUUGUGAAAAAUAUGUACUACAUGUAUGUACAUUAACAUACAUGUAGUUUCAGUGAUUGCAUGCAGUGUUUGUUCUGAAUCUGUGAGAAUGUGAACAAGAAAUAUUAUAUUGAUGGUACAGAGUGUUCUUUCCAUUUGAAAGCAAGAGGCUGCUUGCUAUGUUAAGCACCUUCCUAAACAAUGUACUUCAUCUGUAGAACGGCCCCACCCUAGUGCCAGAGUAAAUCCUCAAAUUUGGGCAAAAAUGAACUGGCCAGAACCCUUUUCAACUUGUAUUUCCAUCAUUUUAUUAUUAUUUGUAAUCCAUGUAAAAAUGUAUAGUGAUUCAUUUGCAACCCUAUAUGCUGUUCGGCAGUAAUUACUGAAUUAAUAUGAAUACAUGUUGUCAUUCUUAUUCAGGCAUUUUUAUUUAAUGUGGGCAAAAAUCAGCCCUCUUUCCUCCCACCCACCCACCCACUCCACAAAAAUGGGAACCCCUACAUCUAUGUUUAUCAUUUCUGGCUUAUUUUGAUAAGCUGGUUACACCUAAACAUUCUUAAUCUGUGUGAUAUUAUCAUUAGAAUUCCCAAAGAAAAAGAUGUCUUUAGAAAUUUUUAUAUGGUGUUUUUUUGUGGAUAUAUACGUACUUAAGAUUUUUUGUUGUUGUUUUUUAAAAUCAGUUUAUGUUUUAGAUAUCUCUAUAUUGUUUUUGAGUGAUAUACUUUAUUGAACUUUAUUUCAUAUAUUUUUUCAUGUACAUGUAGAUGUGCCAUACUUCACUAGUCAAUCAGAUGUUCACUGUGCAUAAAUAGACUACGUACAGUACAGUUACUCAUUUAUAUAAUUAUUGUGAUACAUUGCUUUCUGCUGUAACAUUGUCAUACAAAUGGUUUUCUUCCCUUUGUAGUUUUACAGUAUUGUUCUACGAUCACUUAUAAUUAGGUAGUUACUAAUGGUGAUACAUUUGAUCUAUAAUAUUGUAUUAUUAUCUGGGCUAAAACAUAUUUUAAAAAUGUAUAUAUAUGUAAUUGAAUAGACUGAAGAAGAAAAAAAAUGGUACCAGUAUAUUUAUAAUUAACACACUGUAACACUUUCUUUUGGUGUGACAGAAAAAUAGAUGGUCGCACAUUGAUGUGAGGAGAUGGUGAAUAGGACUGUAAAAUGGAGAAAUCUCUUGAAAUAUUCUGUUACAGCCAGUGAAAUCUAUUUUUUCCCAAGAGAUAUACUUGAAUGCAUAAUAAAUAAAUCUUUGAAUGUA